AUGAAUAGCUCGUGUCGCAUCCUGCGCCCAUACCUGCACCACGCGCUUCAACGGUCCGUGAAGGCUGAGCACGCCAGGGCCUAUCUGUCGUUCCAGCGCCGGUUCGCUCAGACGACGACCAAGCCUGCAGACGCAGAGAAUGUCACAAACGACUACGAGAAGCGUGUUGAGCAAUUGAAGCAGGCUGGCGACUUGGCGACAUAUUAUCCAUUGAACCCUCACAAAGCAGAUCGGACAACUGCGCGACGCGUCCACGAAGUGUUCGCCCGCUUGAAGAACGAUGAGGUCAGGACGGACGUGACGGUGACGGUUUUUGGCAGGGUGACUUCCCGCCGCUCGUCUGGCUCCAAGCUCGUGUUCCUCGACGUAUACGAUGGAGGCUACACCAUUCAGGGCCUGUGCAAUUUCGGCGUUCUCGAGAGGCAUGGUGUACCCAAGGAGGAUUUCAAGCGCUUCUCCAAACUGGCUCGCAAAGGAGACAUCUUUGCCAUAACCGGCCACCCAACCCGUACGACCAGUGGCGAGCUUUCCAUCCUGGCCACCGAGGUGCCAAACUGCCUUGCUCCAUCUCUGCACCAAAUCCCCGACGCGGUCGAGAAUCCGGAGACACUUGCUCGCCAGCCGCAUGUUGACUUUUUGGUACACCAGCGCCGCGCUGCCAUCCAGCGCAUUCGUUCUGGCAUCGUCAGCUCGAUGCGGAACUUCUUCGACGGGGAUGGGUUUGUCGAGGUCAGCACGCCCAUAUUGACAGCCGGAGUUGGUGGCGCGUCCGCAAGACCUUUCGAGACCAACGCGAACGAAUUCCCCGAUGAUCCUCUUACCCUUAGGAUAGCACCGGAGCUUUUCCUCAAACGUCUGGUCAUCGGUUCCGGGGAAAGAGUCUACGAGAUUGGUACUGUGUUCAGGAAUGAAGGCAUCGAUGCGACACAUAACCCAGAGUUCACAAUCUGCGAGUUCUACGAGCCAUACGCCAACCUCGAGGACCUCAUCGAACGCACCGAGACCCUCUUCUCCGUCCUCAAGACCACGGUCGACAAGCUCGCGCAAGAGAACAGCGUCGUCCGCGACAACAUCGCACCCCUCGCACUGGACCUCCAAGCGCCCUUCAAGCGCCUCGAAUUCAUCCCCACCAUCGAGGCCGCCAUCAACCGCCGCCUGCCCGACCUCAGCGCGCCCACCGCCUUCGACGACCUCACCGCCCUCUUCAAGGACGACCUGGACGUGCCCGUCCCCAAGGACGCGACGCUGCCGCGCCUCCUCGACGAGCUCGCCAGCCUCUACAUCGAGCCGCUCUGCGCCGCGCCCACCUUCAUCACGCACCACCCGGCGGCCAUGGCGCCGCUGGCCAAGAGCGCCGUCGACCCGGCCACGGGGCAGGCCGUGUCGCGCCGCGUCGAGCUCUUCGUCGGCGGCCGCGAGUACGUCAACGCGUACGAGGAGGAGAACUCGCCCUUCGAGCAGCGCCGCAAGCUCGAGGCCCAGCUGCGCCUGCGCGACCCCGACGAGCGACUGCUCAACGAGCGGGGCGUCGACGAGGGCUACGUCGAGGCGCUGGAGUGGGGGCUGCCGCCCACGGGCGGCUGGGGCUGCGGCGUCGAUAGGUUGGUCAUGUUGUUUUCUGGCGCGAGCAGGAUUGCGGACGUGCAGCCGUUUGGCACGUUGAGGAAUGUUGUGGCGUUGGGGAAGGGAAGGGUGGGGCAGUCGUGA